AAUACUUUAUUUUUCUCUUCAUGCGUGCUCGCACGUGAAUUGUCAGCACUUGACAAAAUGAAAAUUUGGGAAGAACGUGCCCGCGCUCCCUUCCAGGAUCCUCCAGCCAAUUCCAAGUUAUCAUGGCAUCGACUUUACGACUUGGUACAAACAAAGGACCCGGCUAUUAAUCCAGCAUUCUACUAUGCUCUACGAGAUACACUUGUAACUGAAACGCUCGACGACGCCUCAAUAAUAGCUUUUGAUAGGAUGAAGCGUUUUCGCGUGGUCACAUUGCAGGCACAAAGUGGCACAGCAGUUAGAACUUCUUUAUUUACCCUAACUCUGCGUCACUGCAAAAAUCAAGGCCAGUUGAUCGAAGUUUCUGGUGCAAUGAGUGGUGGAGGAUUUCGACCCUUAUCUGGCCGCAUCGCUACUGAUAUAACCCAAGUCUGCACUUCCGGCACAAUUUUUACAUCCAAGGCUGAAGAUUUGGCCGAGGUCGAUCGAGCAGGUGACACGGAAAGCUUACUGGCUCAGGCUACCCGGGAAUUAGCCGUGAUCCAGGAAGCAAGAGUUCAUCUGGAGGAACUAACGAGUCGAUUAAGCCGGGAAGUCAAGGACUGCGAAAAAUUUAUCAUACGGGCUGAGGUCAGUUUGCGAUACAUCCUAUAA